UUGUAAAACAACUAAUCGACACUGAUCAUGUCCAAUAUGUGCAUACAUCUAACACAAGCUUGGAUUUUGCCUCGUUUCUUACAGAAAGCGUUCACAGCGCUGUGUCACAGUACCCAUCUUUACGGCAGGAGGCUGGUGUUGGAGUGGGCGGAUGCAGAGGAGACUGUGGAUGACCUGCGACGGAAAACCGCACAACACUUUCAUGAUGCUCCUAAGAAGCGGAGGAAGGCGGAGGUGUUAGAGGGAAUCUUGGAGCAGAUGGAGGUCGGGGAGGAAGACGUGGAGUGAAUAGCAGCCGUCAGUCACCUCCAGCAUCAAUAAGAGAGUAAAUCAUCCAGUGGAACUCCAUUUAUCUCUAUUAUGACUCCGUCUUAAACAGCUGCUUCACGGUCUCUUCAGGAAUUCUUCCUUUUGGCCCCAGAUGCUCCCAAUUAGCUUUUUAUUAUAUGCUCGUACAUCAUCUCUGUUAUUGCUGUCAAUGUAUUAAACACAGCGUCUCCCCGCAGACCAACUCUGGCUGAAGGUGAACUCGGAUGACAGGGUCCUUUUGAAAAGAUGCCCAAAGGCCACGUUUGCUUUAGCUGUUUUUAAUCAUCACGGAGGGCCGAGGCCUUUCAUACUCUGCUGCGACACAGCUGACAUUGAAGAAUCACGAUAGUGACUGACUAAAAUAUCAACUGGAAAUGUUUCCUUUAACAUCAUUUUAUGACAUAAAAUGUCUGUUGUAGUCUGUUCCUGACUAAUAAUAUAUAAUGUAAAAUCUAUUUUUUUUUGCACUGUUAUAUAACAGUCUUUUCCAGUGUGUCUUCUCAAUCUAUUCAAGAAAUGACAAGUGCUUUCAUAUUUUUGGGAUCAUACUGUAUUUAUUGAUGUGACAAUAAAUCAUUUUGUCUGGAAAGGUUCAUAUCUUAGGAUAGUAAUUACACUAGAAACCUCAUUUUGUAAAAUGUGCUAUUUGUACAGUCGAGGUCAAAACAGUCUUGGUCUACACAGAAGAUGCCUUGCACACCACAUAGUGGGCAUGCUAGUGUACCGCAUCACAACUGCAUGACAUCAUCAUGUGAUUUCAAAUCAACCUGUAAUAUUAUCUGUUUGGAAAUUUAUAAUUUGCUUGGUCAUUUGUUUUCUGUUUUAUUAAAGGUUUUGUUUAUCCAGAAA